AGUUGAUUUCUUUCGUUUUCUGAAUAAUAAAUUAUUAUUCAUAUUUUACCACUUGCGUUAGUUCUUACUUGGUAUUCACUCGUCAACGACGGUUGAUAAUUUUUUUCUCCUAUUAAAUACAUGUAUAUCGAGUGCUUAAAUCGUGAAAUUCUCAGUUGAUUCCAGUUCCAUUAAAAAAAUUUUUAUCACCAAUCUGACAUAACUCACAUACUGUGGGCUAUAAUUGACAGAAGUGUGAAGUUGAGAAGAAAUAUUUUGGAACAUGGAAGACAAAGAAUUUACAGGCUUGGCUGCUCUGGCAUCCGAUGAGCAAAAUUCUUCAGCCGACACGCCGGUUACUCUUCCCGUCCAACGGGCUCUAAGUGCAGCAAACUUUCAGGCGACUUUGCAAAAAUUUCGAGACGAAGAAAAUGUGGUAACUUCACGGUUGGGUAAGAGAUUUGGAAGAUCUGCAGGAAGUAUUUUGGUUACUACCAAAGUCAGCAAAGAGGUUUCAGACGUUAGUGAUGCGAGAGGCUGCAAGCAAACUUCUAUCAAUAUUAAAAUACGUUUUUCCGACGCUGAAUCCGCGCCGAACUUGAAAUGUAUGUCCGGUGCACUCGCUAUUCCUGUGCUGCCGUCAGAUGAAAAACUCAAGGAUGACUCGACGCAAUCGCCGAACAAUCAACUUUCGGAGGAGUCCGACCAACUAGCCCGACCAACCAGCGAGUCCCCAUGUCGAGCGUUUACAGCGAGGCCUAAUGAAAUUUACGAUAAAGAUGAGAAACUUUACGCUAAUUUCGAUGAAACAAAGCCUCGAACGCCGACCGAGCCUCAGUUCACGCGGAGUGUGAGCUCGAGUUCCGUGCCGGCAGUCACUACACCAAAGAUUAUUGGCGCUGUCUUGAAGACCGGUCAAAUAAUUACGUUUACUGACACUGAUGAAAGCGAUUAUUCUGCUACGGCUGUACCUGCUGUUGUGCACAAUGGAAUAAAAGAAGGCGUGUCUGACGAGAAUGUUGAGAAGAAGUCGGGCGCGGAGAGCUGCUCGUUUCCGGAAAUGCGGGAUUGUGCGCUCGGCUCAGCGUUGUCCCCGCCACGCGUGCAUGGCACUAACGGAAGACCUGACCGCAGGGCAGACCUGGCCGCGUCACCCAGUCUCGCUGCCGCCAGCAGGGCCGAAGAGUCAGCGAGCUUCGGCGGAUCGGAAUCCCCGACAGCGAUCCCUCAGAAGCCGCAUGACACCAGUGUCAGUACUCGCCUCAGGCGUCUGUCGUCAGCUCAUCUGCAGGCGUCAGUUGUAAGAGUCAGGACCUCCUUCAGACGGGCUCUGGCUAGCAGCUGCUCUUCCGGGAGCGGACUGUAUGGAGCCUCGUCAUGGGCUUCACUUGUGGGUGACAACGAUGACUCCUUCUUGACAGCUGAAGGUCCCUCGAGCACAUCUGCUCCUGCAGCGGCUUCUGUUGUAGAUUCCGUGCAGCAUGAGGCUGCUGCGGAGCCUGAACAGAAUGUUGCUCCAUCUGCACCACAAUUAUCCGAAUUUGAUGUUACACGAACAACUGAGGUUCGAGAUACCCAUGCCUUUGCAAGGGUUGUAGCCUUCCUGCGUAAUUUCUGGUGCCAGAUUGCAGGAGGCUUAACAAAGAUCAGGAACCGCGUGCUGGAAAUUCUAUCCUACUGUAGAUCUUGCUUUAAAUCCUCUUAUACCGUACAUUCUUAAAUAACUUAGGCUUCUGACUUAUUUUUGCCAAGAAGAACGUAUAGCAUGAACUUGUGUUUCACGCACGAAGGACUAUACCGACUUUUAUUAGAGCCUUACUUAAAUAUCCAUCUAUUAAGUGGAGACCAAUUAUCCAUUUCGUUACUAUGGUUUAUGAUGUGGCUAAACUUUAGGACGAAGGCCAGUUGGUUUUGUUGUUACGAUGCUUUUCAAAUCUGAAGCGCAAAUACCGUUAUCUCCGUUAUCUGUAUUGUGUGCCUCCUUUAAUUAAUACCUGACGGUACGACGGACCAUUCGUCCCGAUAUAACUUUUAUUUAAUUUUAUUUGACCUAAGUAACUAUCUAAUGCUCAGUGUCUGGUAAAUACCGGUUAGUUGUAGUUGCUGUUUGUGAAAGAUGAUGUCUUUUUUUUUUUGUAACCGAAAUGCUUCAAGCCUAUCUUCAACCACUUGAGAAGCCCAUGUAAAAUCGAAUUCAAAAAUGAUUACGGUGCUAUUUUCCGUGUCAGAAUUUUUAAUAUUCGAUUUUUAGUGUAACCAAUGUAUGGUUUUGACGUAAAAUUUUAAUGCUGGUCCACUGAAUUCGAUGCAUUUACCUCAAUAAAAGAUUUAAUGCGCAUAAAACUUCUUGAUUCAUUUCAAGUAGCAGUUUUCUCCUCGAAGCGGAUCUUGACAGAACUGAUUUUGGAGCCUUACCUGCUUCUAGUCUGCAAGUCACUGAAGAGUAAUAAAUAUACCAUUUAUUCGUACCAGUUAGUAAUAUUUAUGACAUGGAAACAAUCUGUAAUUACGAUCUUUUGAUUUCAAUAUUUUUUGCAUGAAGGCAAAUUUAUUCGGUAAUGAUGCUCUGUUGUUAAUACAAUGGGACGAAGCAACAUAUUGUUCAUGACACUACCAUAUUUCAGCUAAGCCCAAACUUACGAAACUAUAUCCCA